UGUGGGCGCGCACCCGUUGGCGGGGCCGGCGAGCGGCGUUUGUUGACUUCCCCGGCGGCGGCGGGGGCGGCGCCCAGCCCCGGGAAUUCCCCGCGGUGGCGGAGGCCGAAGCCGCGGCCGGGGCGAUGGGCUCCCGAGGGGGCCCGAGCGGAGACCGSGAGGGGCGGCGCUGCCUCCCCGCCGAGCUGAGCGCCCGCCGCUGACCCGCCCGGCCGAGCGGGGCCCGCACAGCUGUCAUGGAGGAGUUGGUAGAGGAUGACAUCUGUAUUUUGAACCAUGAAAAAGCAGACAAUGCUCACAAGAGAGACAGUGAUAUUCCUGUUCCAUCAUAUAGUGGAGAUGAGUCUGUUGCCUCACACUUUGCACUUGUCACYGCAUAUGAAGAUAUCAAGAAACGACUGAAAGAGACAGAGAAGGAGAACUCCUUCUUAAAAAAAAAAGUGAGAAUUUUAGAAGAGAAGGUGCUUGGCUCCCGACUGGAAGAAGAAUGCAGCUCAGUUGGGCGGGAACAAGUGAAUAAGGCUUACCAAGCCUAUCGAGAGGUCUGCAUCGACCGAGAUCAUUUGAAAAGCAAACUGGAAAAAAUGGUGAAAGAAAGUGCAGAAUCCUUGAAAAACUUGAAUGAACAGUUGCAGUCUAAAGAAGUAGAGCUGUUACAACUAAGAACUGAAGUGGAAACUCAGCAAGUGAUGAAAAGUCUGAAUUGUACUCCGGCUAACUGGGAAUUAGAGAAGCUGAGCAGUGACCUGAAAGUACACAGUUUGGAACAGGAUCUAGAAAAACUCAAGGAAGAGUGCAACAGUCUCAGGAAGGAGCUGCAAAAUUCCAAGCAGAAGGACCACACUCAAGAGGAAAAUCCAUUACAUGGAGACCACCUUCAAAGGCAAGACAUCCAGAGUUUGCAACAAACAUAUUGGGACCUGAAGAGAGAAAUGUCUAAUUUGCGUGUAGUGACUGACAAGCAAGCUGAGGUUCUGCGAAAACUGAAAAGGAACCCAACAGGAGCCAAGAAAGCUGCCUCUACUGCACCAGUGCAAUGUGUUGACUUGAACAUUUCAAAGCUGAAUUUGACAUCUGGGGUAGUCUAUAAAAACCUCUCACAAAACGACAAAGUCCUCGGCAACGCCGUGUCUCCCCCUCUGCUGAGRGACGUCCGUGUCCCCUCAGAAAGGGUGACCCUACAAGCAUGGACAGAUGAGAGACCAAGUCCAGCUGAUGGCAAAACAUUUCAGGAACACCAUUCUUAUGGAAAGAGCUCUCUGGAAGAUAAUUCCUGGGUAUUCCCAAGUCCUCCAAAGCCCAAUGAGAAUAUGUUCUGGGAAAUGAAAAAUAAUCCAACUUUGUUAAACUGUCCAGCAGAUUACCUGGAUCAGUGUAAUCAAAACUGUCUGCACAAGAGUUAAACAAUUUUUAGAAUGAACUGAGGCAUUUUUGGAGUGAUUUUGAAUAGGCACCUUAAUGCUUGAACUUUUCAGAAGAGAAAACAAGUUGCUUGAAAUGUUCUUUCUUUAUUUUUAAUUCCAGUUCCAAAUCAGAAAGCCUAGUCUUCCUCUGCUGUUAAUCAGGAGCGAAUUCCUUUAUGUUAAAGCUGUGCUGGUAUAAUGUAAAUAUAAAGAAAUCUAGCGUGGGGCCCAGAUAGUCUUGUACUGCAGAUGACAUACAUUUGCAAAAGGAUACACUGAAAAGUGAGUUCGUGGAAUAAAACAAAAUAAUCCAGUUCUGUAUUUGUUUCCUAUUUAUAUAUUAUGAAGAAAAUACUUGGUAUCCUGUGUUAAAACUUGGACCAGCUCUGAGCUURUAUUUUGACAAUGCUUUUUUUUCAGAAUAUGACAUAAUAUGAAGAAUUGGAUUCUCUCUUCCUUCUUCCUUUCAGUUAGCUUUGAUUCCUCUGGUUUGGAAAUGCACUUUCCUGUAAUAUUUAACCAAGAAAGGUGAGAUUUUUGAUUUUUUUUUUCAGCCUUGAUUUAUGAGAUAGUGGCAAGAAAAAAAAUCACCCCAAGCCUAUCCUGUUUAGAUUGUCCUACUGGGGCUUGAUUGUGAAUUCUGAAGGACUGCAAGUUGUGCUGCUGAACACUGUGAAUCCUGGAGGUUCAGCUUGUUUCCCUCAGUUCCUGCUGAAGGAAGCUGAUAGAACUCUGUGCACAGCGGUGCUGCCACAGACUCAGCCUGCUCACAGUGCAGUUUUCCUUUCCUUAUCGUGCCUCCUUUGCACAGCACCACAGCUUUUGACUGUUAGUGUGGUGAAGGCUUCUAACUUUCCUUUUGUUAAAGAAACAAAGCCUUAAUUUAAUUGGAUUUGGUGGUGUUGCAUUGUUGACAUACAAAAAGAAGUACUUUUGUGUUAUCUUUASUAUGCCACUGAGAACUAGAGCUUCUAGAAUUGCAGCUACCUGCCUAAUAGGUUAUGAAUGUCUAGGAACUUUUUUUUUUUUCUCUUAAGGCUAUGAACUGUUUCUGGACAAAUACAAUUUAUGCCUCCUUUUUUUAAAAAAUCUGCUUCAUAUCUGUCUUAUUACAACAGGAUUAAGUGAAAUGUCUUGACUGCUCAAAAAGUGAAGAAAAACACUUUAUGUUUUAGAUCCAUGAUACCUAACUUGUAAUGGACAGUAAGAUAUUUAAUACUGAAUAUGCUAUUUACAGAUGUGUGGGUGGGUGAAGUAUUCAGCUUCACAGAUCCAGCUUAACAUCAAAGUAAAAAAAAUGAAUUUCACAGCUGUUUAGUAGCAAAUUAUGUUAAGAUUGCUUGCAAAUACAUGGGGAAGCUAUGACUGUAGCACAGCCAUAGUCAUGAUGGGCUGUAGAAGUGUUACCAGGGUACUACAUCACCUGUGUGGUUCCACUCUUCCCUGCACAGUAAGUACUUGAGACAGAGCCCAUCUUUCAGUUUGUCUGUCAGAGGCAAAAAAAUGCCUUCCAGAUACGUUCUCCUGUUGCAAACAGCAUACAUAAAUAAUGUUUCCCAUUCAGCAGAUACUGUUUUUAUCUUUCUAUUAUCUUGCUCACAUAUACUGGCUUGUCUGUGAUUAAUGGAAAUGGUGUCAGAUGCUGGAAUUUAUUCUGACCAAUGAACACAGCUGACUCAGGGGAGUACAAUCUCUUGGAAAGUAAUAGAACAAAAUCCAAUAUGCAUAAAACAAAUCCAAGUCACUAGGCUUUAGCUGAUAGAACCAACUACCUAUGUAAUAACAAAGAAAACAUUUCUUGUGUGGCUGCAUAAGCUAUAUGGUACCUAGUUCUAAUGUAGCUUACUUUUGGGGUUCCCCAUCUUGACAUUACAGAGGUUUUUUUUAUUAAGGAAUGUAAUAUCCAACAAGCAUUAACACUAUUUGUGCAAUGACAGAAUUCUACUGUGUAAGAUAUUAAAUAAAUUUAUUUUUGUUUGAAAUUGGUUUCACUAACAAAUCUCCUUUCUGUAUUUGGCACAACAUUUUUUACUAAUGUUUUAAUUCCUCUAUUGUGUAUAAAUGUUAUUCCAAAUACAAACAAUUAGACUUGAGGUUCAUCUACUUUGAUUCAGGGAAAAAAAAACAGCURUGUGCUAUAGCCUGCUUCAGCAUAUUCUGGGAAAAGUGCCCUCCUGGAUGUUGAAAGCUGAAGGAUUUAGUUACCUUAAGCUACGGUGCUUUAACUACUUUUGUCAAAAGGCUCCCAGUCAUCCUGUCCUGUCCUGUCCUGUGUGAAAGAUUAAGCUUUUUUGUGCAGAGCCUGAGAAUUUCCAGGUUUUGCAUUUGACCCUUGGUUUAUAUUCUACAUUUCUUCCCAUGCUGGAGACGGGAGCAGCAAUGUUUGCUGGGAGGGACUUCACCAGCACUGCUGAUAACCAGGGAGAAGAGGGACUGAUGUUGGAGAGCUUGCUGCAGGCAGUAUUUCCAAUCCAAUCACUCACUGCCAUGUCCAAGCUGUAACAYUUGAAAAGGAAGUCCCCAGAUUUGGAGUCACUUGGGAGCUUGUUGGCUUGUGAAGCAUCUGUUGGUCCGAAGCUUACAAUCAGAUUUUGACUGAAGAUGGAAAAGUCAUUUAAAGCCAUGCCACUAGUGGCUUACAUUGCUUUUUCYAUUUUCAGUAGUGAAACCUUUUCAUCAAAGUGACAGCAAAUUACAUGCAGAACUAGCUGUAGUGACGGGGUUCUGGUGUUUGGGUGCAUGUGUUAUAUAAAACUGUAAAAUCUCAUGUAGCAAGAACCAAAGUCCUUCAAUAAUUAUGUUAAAUGACCCCAAGAAAAUUUUAACUUGAAUGCAAACUUUGAAGAUUUUAAAACCUCACCCCAUCCCCCACCAAUCUGACAAAUUUCAAUUUAAGAAAGCACCAGCUCCAUUUAACAGAAAUGAAAGCCAGCCUUUGGGGCAGGAGGAGGUUGUUGCUUUGCACAUUUAAAUGAGCAUAUGGCAACCUGAUGAAUAUGUAUUUGGGUAUUUGGUGAGUUGGAUGAACCUUCUAAUAACUUAUAUGUAAACUUGCACUGUUUGGUUAAUUUUUUUUAAAUCUGUUUUAAGUUUCCCUGCCAGUUUUGUGGUUUACAACUGAUCAGCUUUCCUCACAUGUGAAUUASCCAUAUUGAAGAAAGCAAACUCCCAAAUUAGCUGUGAUGCACUGUCCAAUUUUUACAGCUGGAAAAAGACAAGAGCAGCAUGAGACAUAUGGUGGAGUUACAGUAAAACAAUACCCAUUCCAAGUAAUGAAACACUGGCACAUGUAAGUAUCAUGUGAACUGUACUGGUGAGAUAAAGCAGAUUGAAAUUUUUUCCAAAACCAACUUGCAGUAGACUUUGACGCUCCUAUGCUGAGACACCUGUAGCUUUAAUGAUUGUGUGGCCUGGUAAAGGGCAAGGAAAGAGCYCUGCUCCCUGACUGACACCUCUAUUAUCUUCUGAUCUUCAGACAAGCCCUGUGAAGAACAGUGAUUGCAGAGGUGUAAGGUAUUUCCCUGAUUCUUUGUGUAGUUUGGSUAUAAAAAAGGCAAAAGGGCAUGUGGACUUCUGAUAUGUUUUUUGUAUUACUUUUUGGGGUCUUGAGCAGUCAGGYUUUUGAUCCUUUUUAAGGGAGAAUCAUGUUACUACUUGCAAUUAUAUGAACAUAGGACAGUGGAUGAAAGCAUUUUAUUUUUUUAAGAUCAGCAGUAAACAUAAACACCAAUUUUAGCUGAGCUGCAGCUUAGCUAUUAAAAAAAAAAAAAAAAAAAAA